AUUUGUUCGGAGAACCCAGAGUGCACCCCGCUUGUGGCGUCAUCAAUGGCGACGACAACAAAAUUUGGCGUGCGUCUCAUUUGUGACAAGUAAUAAGGAAAGGUAAUGCGACGACCCGCACACAGAGUGGAACAAAGGCAAAGAAAAGAGAGACUCAAGACAGACCUAAAGAAGAACUGAAGAGACAACAAAAAGAAGAUACAGGGGCUUAAGGAGAAGAGAGAAAGCUGCCAUUUACUGCAACGCCUAGAUGGAUGUCAAAAAGGAGGAAUGUAAGGUUGACAUAAAUAUCCUGGAGAAAAGGACUGUGAAUAUUAAGGAGGAGGACUGUGAAUGGGAGCCGGUCCACCCAAAACAGGAGAGUCUGGGCAUUAAGGAUGAGGAUUGUGAACUGGGGUCAGUGGCCAUUAAAGAAGAGGAUGAGGAGACGUCUGUCAGCAUUGAGAUACACAAAAAUGAAAGAAUGGAGAGUGUCAAGGAAGACAAACUUUCUUAUGGGUGUCAAGAUGGAGUGGUAACGGAGUUUGACUCUUCUCAAAACAGACCGUAUGAGCCUUUUAUCGAUGUGAGUUCUGAAUCGUUACAGUCUGACACAAAGAGGACUGAGGAAGUUUCAUCUGUUAAAAUUCAGGAAGAUGGGCCAUCACCUUCAAAGACGUUUAUACAAAGUGACAGACCUCACUGCUGUUCUGAAUGUGGCAAACAAUUAUCAACCAAGAGUAACCUUUCAAGGCACAAAACAAUUCACACGGGAGAGAAGCCUUAUUACUGUUGUGAAUGUGGCAAACAAUUUUCCAGAAAAAGUUACCUUUCAAGGCACAAAAAAAUUCACACCGGGGAGAAGUCUUAUUGCUGUCCUGAAUGUGACAAACAAUUAAUAAGCAAGAAGGCCCUUUCAAGGCACAAAAGAAUUCACACGGGAGAAAAGCCUUAUUGCUGUCCUGAAUGUGGCAAACAGUUUUCGCAAAAAAUCUACCUUCGGAGACACCGAACAAUUCACACAGGAGAAAAGCCUUAUUGCUGUUCUGUAUGUGACAAGCGAUUUUCACAAAAGGGCAGUCUUCAUAACCACAGAAAAAUUCACACAGGAGAGAAGCUUUUCUGCUGUUCUGAAUGUGGCAAGCAUUUUCUGUUGAAGAGCAUUCUUGAGAUCCACCAAAGAAUUCACAUGGAAGAAAAGCCUUAUUGCUGUUCUGAAUGUGGCAAACAGUUUUCGCAAAAGAACCAUCUUCAGAGCCACCAAAGAAUUCACACAGGAGAGAAGCCUUAUUGCUGUUCUGAAUGUGGGAAGCGAUUUUCGCAUAAGAACCAUCUUCAGCGGCACCAACGAAUUCACACAGGAGAGAGACAGCCGAUUGAGAAUUAGGUGUUUCAGGGUAUUAAUAGAAAAAUUGCAUAACUGGUAAGUGCCACUUCUGCCAGUGUUGCAAAGAGCCACACGUCUCAUUGCUGGGUGCGAAGUAAUGAUGGCUGAAGAUUUAUAAACUCUUGAAAACUCUUCAAGAAGUACACCUUUACCAGCAAGAAAAAGGCACUGGGAUCAGAAUCCAUACUGCGUAGUGGAAAAUGAGGAGGUGUUAGUCGCUUUGGACACACCAAGACCAACUUAUAGAUAAACAGAUGCCAGAAAACCAGAUCUUAGAUUGGAUUGCAUUAACUUUAAGUCAAAUCCUUACAGUAGCAGAACCUAAAAAAUAAAAAAUCAAGGAUAGACUCACAGGACAAAUAAUAAGGCCAAUCUGUUGAUCAAUAAAAAUAAAUCUAUAUUGUGCAGGUAUUUUGAAAGUGAACUAAAGUACAUCAGGAGGAAGUUUUGAAUUGCCUGAUCCAGUGGUCAGAAAACACCCUCAGAGAGGCUGUUCUUAGCAGUCUGCACUUGAAUGAGCCCGUGGCUAGAAAGUGCUUCAAAAGAGCACCUCCUGGAGGGGAUUUUUCAUGAUGGCAUCCCAAUUUUUCCCUCAUCCUCUUUUCCACGACAGCUUCCAUUGUGUCCCAAGUUUGCCCUGUGAUGGAACAGGCUUUGCUAAUAAGUCUCUUCAGACGUCGUGCUUCUUUUGAGCUGAAGUUGCAUCACAGGAGACUGCAGCGUAAAACAGCAUAAGUCUUAUACUGGACUACACUUAUAAAGCCUGGAUGAUAGAGGUAUCAGUUCAUAGUGACUAAACUUUUGUGAGAAAGGAGAGGCAAAAAAUAAAAUACCAGGAAAUGCAAUCUGAGAUAUGUUAUUGUGGGACUAGAAAAGAAGACAUAUGCUGGGAUCAACAUAACUUUCAGGCCCAUCCUGACAUCCUACCAAUUACCAUAACUCUAAAUGAAUUGCAGAAAGAAGUGUUUCUAAGAACACUGCAAACUUAAAGAAGUAAGAAAUACAGCAGGACACCUAGACUACCCUGACUCAAGGGUAGGAUCAAUUGAUGUUUUGAUAUUAAGCAUGCCGAGAAAAUUUGGAGAAAUUAACCCAGAGAAAGGCUUAUUGCUUCUUAGAAUAAAGAUCAAUCUUCAGAGCCAUAAAAGAAUUCACCAUUGCUACACCACAAAGAAACAGACAGGACCAUAUGAGUGAUCAACAGAAGAUAAAGAGGAGACCAUGUACCUCACCUUCUACACAACUAGUCUUGAGUUCUCAACUCUCAUCCUGGAAGGUCUCGUGCAAAUUGCAGUACUAAAAUGUAAUUUCAAUUUGAAAAUUGGAUAAGAAAACAUUUUCAAAUUUAGGAUAUUUAAGUGGAGUACCUAAGGAAAGAACUAAUUAGUGAAGAGAAAUUAGAAUACUUACGAUGGACAGCAAAAGAAGAAAUAACACAGGAAAGAAAGCCAGCAUUUAUACACUAACAUAAAUGUAUCACCAGUGAAAGUACAUGUAAAGAUGAAAUUUACAUAUUGAAAAAUCAGAAAUAAACACUUAAAUAUGAACAGAGUCAACCAGAGAAAUGUUAGCCAGAAGUGGAAUGUCCUCAAAAGCAACCAAUUCUCAAACAGUGAAAUGCUAACGUUAAACUGAGACGUAAAGCAAGGGAUGGAGGUACAGCAGAAUGAAAGUAAGAAAAAAGUUUACAUUCAACAGCUACCACCCAGCAAUCACAAGAUCACCACCCCAUUUGUUCAAUAUGAAAAAAAUAAGACUCGGAUAGAAAAAGAGUAAACCAACGUAAGAGAACACCUCAAAAGCAGAAAUGACAUAUUCAUGAAAAACACAAAGUCAUCCAAGAAAUUCAAGAAGAGAUCCUGGAUUUGAUCAAUGAACAAAUAUACAGCAGUCGUUAAAAAGAGAGAAGUGAUUAACAGUAAACCUCACUGGAUGGAAUACUGCAAGUAAGCUGGAAAAGGCUGUAACUGAGAGAAAGCAAAUCCAGCAGUGCAUAGACUGAUGGACUUGAUAACAGUACAUGAAGUCUGCUAUUGUGCAGUUAAACCCAUCACCUCUAAAGUAACAGCAGAGAAGAAAAUCAAAGGAAGGAGACAUUAACCAAAUUAGACUCCGUCUUGGAUGAAAGGAAUUGUAGAAUAAAACUGAUGUUCUAUGCAAAGAGGUGGCCUUACUCAAAGCAUGUAUGGAAUGGGUGAGAUCACAAAGUCCUAGCAACAAUUCAACAGGUGAAAUGAGAGAAUUGCAUAUUAAUCCAUGACGAGCUACCAAGGCAAACAAACUCAAAAUACUGCUAGAUGCUAAAAGUUAAAAUAUAAAGAAAACAGAACAGACUACUUCAAGAAAAUCGAAAAAGAGUAAAAUUGAAAGUUACAUUGAAAGUAAACUCUCUACCUGACAAUCCAAAGAAACAAACAUUUUGGAGAAAAAUACGUUUAGGUGGUCAAAAGCAAUAAAGUAACAUGGACAAGCAAACUACAGACUGGAACAGAAAACCCAAACGAUGGGCCUAUAAACUAGAAGCCAAACUCCUAUUGAACUGCCGCUUAUGGGAAGACACCUUGUCCAGAUGCUCUACCCCACGUUUGGUUAAAACGCCUAACAUCUCUGUAUUAGGAUAUGUCCAUGAAAAAUCUGAACUAAAUAAUCUCCCCAUGCCCUGCCUCUCCACUGUAUGGUUUGGUACUCUAGUAGUUACAGUCAACUACCCAAGACCAUGGGCCUGUUUCUCGAUAGAUAGGUAGAUAGAUAAUUUAUUAAUCCCAAGGGGAAAUUCACAUAAUCCAGCAGCAGUAUACUG